AAAAAAAAAAAAAAGGGAUCCGCCUCGGUUUGUAGACCCCGUGUGGACAGUAAUGACCGAACGUUUCCGGUUGCCUGCUGGGAGAUCCUACAAUGUCCGAGUGUCAGACCUGGCACGAGACCGGCAGCACGCAGAGGUGGUCUGUAACAUACUUCUCCUGGAUAGCUCUGUCCAAGCCUUCAAAGUCAAUAAGCACGACCAGGGACAGGUGCUACUGGAUUUAGUCUUCAAACACCUGGAGCUGACCGAAAGGGACUAUUUUGGGCUGCAGCUGGCUGACGAAUCCUCAGACAGUCCGAGGUGGCUGGAUCCAAACAAACCCAUUAGGAAACAAUUAAAAAGAAGCUCCCCGCACAAUUUCAACUUCAGAGUCAAAUUUUUUGUGAGCGAUCCAAACAAACUGCAGGAAGAGUAUACAAGGUACCAGUAUUUUCUGCAGCUGAAGCAGGACAUUCUCAGUGGAAGACUCCCUUGUCCAAACAACACUGCUGCACUGCUGGCAUCCUUUGCUGUUCAGUCUGAGCUGGGGGACUACAGCCACGCAGACCACCUGCCAGGCUACCUCUCUGAGUACUGCUUCAUCCCCAACCCUCCCCAGGACUUUGAGAAGGAGGUGGCCAAACAUCACCAGCAGCACACGGGACUCUCCCCAGCCCAGGCGGAGCUCGGCUACCUGAACGCAGCUCGUACCUUGGAGCUGUAUGGGGUGGAGCUUCACUAUGCCAAGGAUCAAAGCAACACUGAGAUUUUAAUUGGGGUGAUGUCAGCAGGGAUUGUCAUUUACAGGAACAGGGUACGAAUCAACUGCUUUCCAUGGUUGAAGAUUGUAAAGAUAUCAUUCAAAUGCAAGCAGUUCUUCGUUCAGCUACGGAAAGAACCGAAUGAGACCCGUGAGUCGCUGCUGGGCUUCAACAUGGCCAGCUACCGGACGUGCAAGAACCUGUGGAAGGCCUGCGUGGAGCAUCACACCUUCUUCCGUCUGGACCAACCCAUGCCCCCGCAGAAGAAUUUCUUUGCACACUAUUUCACUUUGGGCUCCAAGUUCCGCUACUGUGGGAGAACAGAGGUUCAGUCCGUGCAGUAUGGCAAGGAGAAGUGCAUCAAGGACAGGGUGUUUGCCAGAUCCCCCAGUAAACCCUUGGCCAGAAAGCUGAUAAGUGGGAUGGACUGGGAAACGGUGAGCAGAAAUUCCAUGUCGGACGAGAGGCUGGAGACCCAGAGCCUGCCUACACGAUCCCCUCCCGGGACCCCAAGCCACAGGAACUCCAUGUUUGCACAGGAUGGGGCCCGACAGCGACCGUCUUCCGUCGGACACCUGGUGGACCAUGUGAUCCACACCUCUCCCAGUCAGGUCUUUGCCAACCACAAGUCAGCCUCCUCCACCCAAGCCAACAGCAUCAGCCUGGACUCUUCCCCGUCACCAGAAGCUCCUGCAGAUGGACAGCCCCCAGCCCUUCCGCCCAAGCAAUCAAGGAAGAGCUUCUAUGCCAGCCUCACCCAGGCGCAAUCUCAGCAGGAGCUUGACAACCACGUCAAUGAGUUGUACGACAUCCCUGUGGCAACGGAGAAGGCUGUGGUAAACGGAGUUGUUCCUCACGAUAAUCUUGUCCUGAUCAAGAUGAGACCGGAUGAAAAUGGGCGAUUUGGGUUCAACGUGAAGGGUGGCUUGGAUCAGAAGAUGCCGGUGAUUGUGUCGCGAGUGGCUCCAGGAACCUCUGCUGAUCUAUGUGUGCCCCGUCUGAACGAGGGCGACCAGGUGGUGCUGAUCAAUGGGCGGGACAUCUCGGAGCACACGCAUGACCAGGUGGUCAUGUUCAUCAAGGCCAGCUGCGAGAGCCACUCCGGGGAACUCGUCCUGCUGGUACGACCCAACGCAAUAUACGACGUGGUGGACGAGCAACUGGAGGCGGAGCCAGACUUCCAGUACAUCCCAGAGAAGUCGGUGCUGGACCCAACCCAGCUGGAUGGGGAUGCCUGGAAGGAGUCCAUGCAACAGCUGAAGGAGGGCUUGAGCAGCGGAGCCGUGCUGGCCCAGUUCGAUCAACUGUACAGGAAAAAGCCUGGAAUGACCAUGUCUUGUGCCAAAUUACCUCAGAACAUUUCCAAAAAUCGAUACAGAGACAUCUCACCUUACGAUGCAACACGGGUUAUUCUGAAAGGCGUGGAUGACUACAUCAAUGCAAAUUAUAUCAAUAUGGAGAUCCCAGCCUCUAGGACCAUCAACCGCUACAUCGCCUGCCAGGGGCCUCUGCCUAAUACGUGCACAGACUUCUGGCAGAUGACCUGGGAGCAGGGGUCUUCCAUGGUGGUCAUGCUCACUACACAGGUGGAGCGAGGACGGGUGAAGUGUCAUCAGUACUGGCCUGACAACUUGGCCAGCACCGCAUAUGGCAACUUUCAGAUCGAGUGUCUGACAGAAGAAAAGAAGUCUGCGUUCUUGGUGAGGAACUUGAUGCUCACCAACUUGGAGAGCAACGAGAGCCGGCAGGUGACCCAGAUCCAGUACAUGGCCUGGCCGGAUCACGGUGUGCCUGACGAUUCUACAGACUUCCUGGAAUUUGUGAGGCUGGUGCGGAACAAAAGGGCAGGCAAAGAUGAGCCGGUGGUGGUCCACUGCAGUGCAGGGAUCGGCCGGACCGGAGUUCUCAUCACCAUGGAAACAGCAAUGUGUUUGAUAGAGUGCAAUCAGCCCGUAUACCCGCUGGAUAUUGUGAGGACAAUGAGAGACCAGAGGGCAAUGAUGAUUCAGACCCCUAGCCAGUACAGAUUCGUAUGCGAGGCGAUCCUGAAGGUGUACGAGGAAGGACUAGCCAAGGGCACCGACUCUACCCAAGACGAGUGAAGCGGCUGGGCAACUCGACAAACUCGGUGCCCCGCCUCACUCUGAAGGGCCGAAGCCUGGACAGCAGACCCGGCCGGCUGAGACUCCGUGACGGCUUUUCUUGUGCUACCAGAGGCUGGCCUGGGUUGGUUCGAGGAGAACCCAGCUGGAAAAGGAGUACGCCUGGGCGCUGGGUCCUUGCAGGACCCUUAGCACUGUUGCACUUUAUGCUUUCAAAAAAAGUACUACAAGUAAUUCUAAAAGGACAAAAAUGAAAAGGAAAAAAUCCCAAUCAUGAGAAAUAUGAAGAGGUACAUUGUGACAGGAGUAUUCAGGGUGUAUGUGUAUAGAUAUGUACAUAGUCAUAUGUACAUUCUGUAUAUAUGUACACACACAAAGGAGUGCCAAACAGUGAAGGACUGGAGUUCAAAGAAGCAUUUCUUCAUUUUGUGUAGUUUUUGCUGUUUCUUCCCAUGCCUGACGUGUGUAAUAAAUCCACAAGUAAGAAUGAUGAGAAUAAUAUUAGCUAUUUUUAAAAAGUAUUUAAGUUUUAGUUAAGUAUAAAGCCCUGUUUGCAGAAGUAAAAUAUAUAUAUUUCUUUGAUUUAGAACAAUUUGCCAACUAGAAAUUUAGUAAUUUAGCUUCAUGAGUUUGUGAUUAUUUCCUUUUCCCCUUUCUGGUAAAAAGGAAUUUAUCUGAUCCUGUCUACUGUCCCUGCGAUGGAAAGACUGCAGCUUCUGUGGAGCACUUUCAGUGACAUAGCUCUUAUGUGCACCUUUUUUUUUUUUUUUUAAUAUAAAUUAAAAUAACCACGCUGUAGGUAAUGCUUCUUGUCAUUGACAGUUCUGCUGAUUUCAACAAAAAGGAGCUUGCAAACCAGCUACACCUGUGAGUGUGAGACCUUUGCACGAGUUCCCGUAGCGUGUGACAGGUGUGUGUCCAAGGAAUGACACCGGAACGUGAGGAGGCCUAACUUAUGAACUGAACUCUUAAGUUAUUUUCCCUUGUUUGUUGCUUAUUGUUGUAUUUUAAACAAAUGUACAGAACAAAAGUGGCAGAAUCCAAAGUGGUGGUUUUUUUUUUUUUU